AUGACAUGAUACAGAUUUUAGAGAGAGAAACAAUGUGUGUUCUUUUCUCUUUGCCAUCUGUUACGGCGUCGUAGCAUUGUUGGGUGCUCAGAGAUGUUGACGAGCUUCUGCAAUUUCCAGGAACCCUAAUUCUGGAUUCUUAAUCCUUUACCUUGUGAUUUUAUAUGUGUUAACUGGGGUUUGUAGUAAUGAAGUUCAUCAACCAUUAAUUUAUGGCUGAAGAAAUGCCUUACUUUUUCAUAAAUUGGUUUACAAUAUGGCAGAGUUGGCUUUUUAUAAUGGUGGCAAAUAUAUACCAGCAAUAGAAGUUGGAAAGUGAAACUGCACUAGACAGAAGCGAUGUCAAGCAGCAAAGAAAUAGAGGAUUUAUGUUAUGAUAACUUUGAAGGAUCUAAUGAAGAAAGACAGAUUUUUACAGAGGUCUUUUCUGGUAAUGACAUUUUUCAGUGUAGUCAGAGGUGUCUUGUUUCUGGAGUUAUCAAUUUUGAACAUGAAUCCACUAAGAACACAUUUAAAUCAUUCUGCUCUAGUAAUGAAAACUCAGUUGUAUUGCGUCCCUCAUCUUCAAGACUUACACAACCUGAGGAGGACUUUAAUGUAAUUCAGCAUCCCAAAGAGACUGCUCCAGGGUUUAUGCCAGAGAGUUUCAUUUGUGAGGACCAGAAUGAUGAGGAUGUGAAUGUCAAGCGUAUGAAAUUUUCUCUGCAUGAACUUCCUUGUAGUAGAUCUGAUUCAGAAAGUUUUUUGGGUUCAUCAGGACUUUCAAAAGUAGUAGUUUCUAACCUAUCUUCUGCUGUUACUGACCGUGAUAGUGAACCACUUGCAUUUCGCUUAGUCGAAUCAUCUAAACAAGGUGUGAUAUCUAGUUGCUAUCUGUUGAAGCAUAACAUUUUACAGAAUAAAAAAGCUGCUAAGGAGGAUGUAGAUGUUGCAAAUUGUAAAUCAACAACAGCAGAUGAGAAUGUUGGUAAAGAGAUCUCUGUAAGUAAAGCGGUUUCUUCUCCUGUUUCCCAGGAGAGCUUUGCAAACAGGCUUGUAGUUACAAGUCCAUCAAUCACUGUUCUGAAGAAGUCUGGGUCUCCUCUAAAUCCCGAGGAAAUACCGGAAGGGUUUCUAUCUUCUAAUAUGGAUAUCUCAAAUUCAUCCUCAAAACUAGACAAAAAGGAUCCUCGUACUUUACUUCAGUUUCAUAUUGUGCAGUUGCUUAGGAUGGCAGGAUGGUCUAUUGAGAAGCGUCAACGGCCUUGUAGGCGUUACAUGGAGUCGGUUUAUAGGACACCAGAGGGAAAGCCUGUUCGGGAAUUUACAAAAGCUUGGAGAUUAUGUGGUCAGCUUUUGUCUGUCGAGAAAUGCAAUUUAAUCUAUGGAGAUUGUAAGGAAUGGACUGAUAUUAGUCAAUUCUGGUCUGAUCUAUCCAGUGCACUGAUAAAUGUUGAAAACAUAAAGACGCAGUCAGCGUCUGCUGCUAUGUUGGCUUAUCAAUGGUGGCUUUUGGAUCCUUUUGUAAUUGUUAUAUUUUUUGAUAGAAAGAUUGGUGCCCUGAAAAAGGGAGAGGCAGUGAAAGCAACUUGGAGUUUAGUUUCUAGUAAGUAUAAGAUGGCAUAUGCUCCCGUUGAUUCAGCUUGGGAGGAUACUUCCGCUGCUCAUAUUGAGCAAAAACAUGACCAAGCCUUUCUCUGUGAUUCUUCUAGAGUCGCUGGAACCACACUAACUGCUUCUAUGGUUAACAACCAUGCCUGUAAUCAGGAAUCUGAUGACAACCAGGAAGAUAAACAUGUUGAAGAACAUAAUCCCAACAGCAUAGGAAAUCAAUGUAGGAAAAUGUCAAUGAACAAAAGUAGUAUGGAUCUAGUCCCUUUACCUGGUUAUGGAUUGGAUAGCGCUGGUACCCUGUCAAGUGCUUCCUCUUUUAAUAUUCUUACAACCUCUGGAAAUUUGAACCAGAUACCUGGAGGUUCUAAAGUGAAUGCUGUUCAUCAAGCUAAAAUUAGAAGUUCCAAAAGCUUUGAUAAACAGAUUUCAGAAAAUUAUCUGGAAGCAGAUAAAAGAAUCCAUGGAGAUGUGGCAAUGGACAUGCCCAAGGAAAAUAAUACAUAUGGUGUAAGCCAUGGCCUGGUUCGUUCUCAUGACUCAGAGGCUAUUCAACAGUCUGAAUGUAGUGAGGAAGAGGGCAGGAAAAUCUCAAUAGCUUCUGUAUUUGGGAAAGAUAACACAUAUUCUACUACUAAUGUUUUUCUUAAAAAGAAAAUGCGGAGGAAGUGCAAAAGGGUAUCUGAAAUCAAACUGAGUAUGUUAUACCAUAAUGACAUGCUGAGCUCAACUGUUACUGACCAGGUGCAGUCUCUGAAUGGUGAUGCAUGUGGCAGUCAGUUAGGGUUGAAAGAGGUCCAGGAUUAUCUAGUUGAGAAUUCAGGAAAUAAAAGAAAUCCCAGGAAGUUGUCAUCUGUCAGUGCAAUCCAGCAACAUAUUAGGAAAACAAACUUCUCCAUAACUGGAACAAAUAAGUCCAACGGAUGCCAGAUUAAAGAUGAUGAUCUAUUGGUGUCGGCUAUAUUCAGGAACAAGGACUUCAGCCCAAAGACAAUCCGUGGUAAAUCUAAAGCUAAAUCCUGGAAAUCAAGGGGCCGUAGGAAGCUCAAAAGCCAAAGGGGCCGUUGCAGGUUGCUACCAAGGAACCCUUGUAAUGGAGGGAAACACAAUAAAGAUGGCAAGAGGUAUUUGGGGACAAGGACAGUCUUGUCCUGGUUGAUUGAGAAUGGGGUCAUAUCUUCAAAUGAUGUGAUUCAAUACCGAAACCCUAAAGAUAAUUCUGUCCUUAAGGAUGGUAGGAUCACUAUAGAUGGUAUUAUUUGUAAGUGUUGUGGUAAGGUGCUUACAUUAUCAGAGUUCAAGUUUCAUGCUGGGUUUACACUGAAUCGCCCUUGCUUGAAUCUUUUCAUGGAGUCUGGUGAGCCCUUUACACUGUGCCUUCUUCAAGCUUGGUCAGCUGAAUACAAAGCCAGGAAAAGUCAGAAUCAGGCUGUGCGUGUCGAUGAUAAUGAUAGAAAUGAUGACUCCUGCGGAUUGUGUGGUGAGGGGGGUGAGCUGAUAUGUUGUGAUAGCUGUCCGUCUACUUUUCACCUGGCUUGUUUGUCCACUCAGGAAAUCCCUGAUGGCAAUUGGUACUGCACAAACUGCACGUGUCGGAUAUGUGGAGAUUUGGUCACCGAUAAAGAGGCUUCAGAUGCGUAUAAUUCAUUACAAUGUUCACAGUGUGAACAUAAAUAUCAUGUGAAAUGCCUGAGAGAGAGAGAUAAACAAGAAGUGGUAGUUUCAGACGCUUGGUUUUGCAGUCAGAGUUGUCAGGAGGUAUACUCUGGUCUCCAAUCUCAGAUGGGGUUAGUUAAUCAAGUUGCUGAUGGCUUCUCAUGGAUGCUUCUUAGAUGCAUCCACGAUGACCAAAAGGUUCAUUCUGCCCAGUGGUUUGCCCUAAAGGCAGUAUGCAAUACCAAAUUAGCCGUUGCCCUUACCAUCAUGGAGGAGUGUUUUUUGUCUAUGUUGGAUCCAAGAACAGGCAUACACAUGUUACCCCAAGUUAUAUACAACUGGGGGUCUGAUUUUGCUCGUCUAAAUUUUCAAGGGUUUUACACUCUUGUAUUGGAGAAACAGGAUGUGUUGAUAUCUGUAGCAUCUAUCAGGGUGCAUGGAACUACAGUUGCAGAGAUGCCUCUAAUUGCAACUUGCAGUCGGUAUCGUCGUCAGGGAAUGUGCCGACUCCUUGUGAGUGCAAUUCAAGAGAUGUUAAUGUCUAUCAAGGUAGAAAAGCUUGUGGUAGCAGCCAUUCCAGAUGUGGUGGAGACAUGGACUAAGGGCUUUGGAUUCAUUCCUGUAGAUGACAUUGAAAAGCAAAGAUUGAACAAAAUCAACUUGAUGGUUUUUCCUGGGACGGUGUUACUUGAAAAAUCCUUGUACGGGAAGGACAACAUUGAAGGUCUGCGUGAUCAAUCAACUUUAGCAACAGAUGAAUCAAUCAAAGUAGGUGUCUGUUAUGAAGGAAUAGCUAUGGCUGAAUCGUUGCCACAAGAUGUUGGAAACAUAACUACCAACAAAGUUGAUGCUAAGUCAGAACAUGUACUUGUGGAGGGAAAAAAUCACCCAGACUAUAGGGCUGGCUGUGAAGCCAACAGAGAUGAUAAUACUCAAGCUGUUGACACUGCAUUAGGAGCCAAAGAAUCAACAGAAAUAAGUAACCAUUUUAGAGAAGAGAAGAUCAUCCAGUUGAAGGUUCCAGGUGGCUCAGAGAAAUCUAUUGAAGGAAACAAUAUGCAGGAAUUGAGAACGAGCAACAAAAUGCAAAUGGCAAGUGAGUCAGUACAGCAAUCUAGUGAAAACUGUUGUGCUAACAAAGAUGGUACUGAAUCAGGUGUAAGAAUUAUGGAGGACAUGAAUAUCAAAAUAGGUGAAGUUCAGGAAAAUGCUUUGCAGGGCCAUAUUUCAAAUUUGUCCUGCAAAACAUUUUUAGGCAGCAAUUUUGAUACGGAUUCCAAUGUUGAAUGCUCAGUGAUGUAUGAUGAAACAGCUUUUUUUGGAACAUUUGCAAAGUCUGCAAGCUGAAUGGGAAGUUGAAAAAAAGUAGAUG